AUGGCGUCUUCUUCUUCCACCAAAGUAUCCAUGAAGCUUCUUAUUGACACAAAGAAUAACAAAGUUCUCUUUGAUGAAGCUUCAAAACCUGUCAUAGACUUUCUCUUCAACUUGCUAUGCUUACCUAUUGGUACUGUAGCUAAGCUUCUAAGUUCAAAUAACAUGGUAGGUAGCUUAGGAAAUCUGUAUCAAAGUGUUGAAAAUUUGGACCAGAAUUACAUGCAACCAUUUCAAACCAAGGAUGUUCUCUUAAACCCAAAAGCUCAAAGCUCUUCCACUCAAAUCUCAGGCUUCCUUACUCGUAACCAUGCCAAUGAAGACAAAGAUGAAGAAAUAAAGUUGUUCAUGUGUCCAAAUAAGUCCUAUUCUUCUUGCUCAAACUUUAUGAGCAGUGAAGUUCAUUAUAUUGGAAAUAAGAAGGUUGCUGAAAAAAAAAAAGGUUUUUCCAAUAACAAGAGUGGUUUUGUGAAAGAUGUUAUAACCUUUAUGGUGAUGGAUGAUUUGGUGAUUCAUGCAAUAUCAACAAUAUCAAGCAUCACACUGUUAAACAAGUUCAAUAUCAAGGAAAUUGGUACUUUGCAAGAAAAGAUCGUUGAAAUGGGAAUGAAUAUGCUUCUAACCCAUCUGUUGUCUGACUCGCUAUGUUUGAUCGCUGGAAUGUGUAAUACCCUACCAAUAUUUGUCUAA